AUGCCUGUACUCAAACCAGCUUCAGAAUGGGGUCACAGUGUGCCACCCGAGUCCAAUUAUGCCAUUACAACUUAUAUUCCAGGUUGGGAAAGCUCCAUCAAAAUCCGUGAGGGCGACCAGGCCACCAUAUCUCGCAUCGUGCAUAUCUACCCACGUUUUGGGCCUUUUAGAACUGUGGCCGAGACCCUCACGGCUAUAUGUGCCAAGAUUCAAACACCGGCGGGCCAUGGUGCUUUCUAUUUCACUUCUCCCCGAUCCUUCGACGUUGUGCGCGCUCAUGCUCUUCACCCUCGUCGCAAGGAUCACCUGCUGGGAGAAGAAGACUUGGGCUAUCGGUGCGUUGACAUCGGUGGUGUGCGCGUAUAUCUGGUCACGUAUCCAUUGCACAAGACCCCCGGCGUCAUGGGAGCUUGGCAGAAUCCCGGCAUUGGAGUCUCCAUCCGUCUCGCAGAAUACUUACAGAAGAACCUUGACUCUCUGACUGAGGUGACUUUCCCGGUCGGCUCACCUCCCCCGUCAACAGGCUACCUCCCGGAGGGCGAGGCUCACGGCAGGCUUAGGGAGCGGAUCUCAGGCCUUGUACACAGGGCCGCUAUCAACCCCGAGAAAGUCAAAGUUCAAAGUAAAGAUGUAUUUCUGUACAUGACAGGAAUGGCCGCCAUUUUUGGGGCCCAUCAUAUACUACUAAAACACCGGCCUGGCAGUGUCGCAAUUUUGGGCAUCGUCUUUCACAGUACCAUCCAUUACAUCCAGGAGUCCUCACCCCAUGGCUACAAGCAUUUCGGGCUGGUCGAUGCUAAGGGCCUGGACUCCUUCGAGGCAUGGUUGGAUGAACAGGAGGCUUCUGGCAAGGAUGUGAGCUAUGUCAUCACCGAAUUCCCCAGCAACCCCUUACUAGCAAGUAUUGAUGUUGUCCGUCUAAAGAAGCUCUCUGAAAAGCACAACUUUGUUGUGAUUCUGGACGACACAGUCGGUUCUUUCGCCAACAUUGACAUUCUUGAGUACUCUGAUAUUCUCCUGUCGUCUCUCACCAAAUCGUUCUCGGGCUACGCAAACGUGAUGGGCGGCAGUGUUGUCUUGAAUCCCCAAUCAUCACACUACAACGCCAUCUCCCAGCUCUGGUCCAAGAACUUCCACAACGAGCUUUACAUUGGUGAUGCAGAGACGCUCCUUUCCAACUCGGAGGAUUACCUCUCCCGGACAGCGAUUCUUAACCGUAAUGCCGCCGCCAUGGCAGCCCAUCUUUAUUCCCUGGUUAAAGACCCAUCCUCCCCUAUCAUAAAAGUCUCCUACCCGCCGUACCUUCCUGACUACGGCGUCUAUAAAUCCUUUCUCCGCCGCUCUUCCCCCGAAUUAGAGGAGCCAGGUGCUGGUUGCCUGUUCAGCAUCGAUUUCGAGACCGUCGACACGGCGCGAGCUUUCUACGAUCGUUUGGCCUUCUAUCCCGGUCCACAUCUCGGCGCCCACCGCACGCUGAGCCUCAGCUACAACACACUUGCUUUCGGCAAGGACCCCGAAGAGGCAGCAUACCUCCGCUCCUUUGGACUGGUGGAGGAGUCAGUUCGUAUCUCCGCGGGCUUGGAAGAUGUACAGGAUUUACUGGAUACCCUGGAUGAUGCUCUGGCUGUUGCAAAGGCGGCUAAGAAGUAG